CUCCGCCUCCCUCCCCGGCCGCACUGCCCCCGCGGCUGCCCCGUGCCGCGUUUCCUGUUGAAGAUGGCGUCCCCCGCGGCAGCGCGGGCCGGGAAGCUUCUGCGAGUCCUAGCGCUGCGGUCCCGCUUCCUGGCGGCCGCGUCCCAGGCAGUUCAGUUAACUUCCAGAAGAUGGCUGAACCUGCAGGAAUACCAGAGCAAGAAACUGAUGUCUGACAAUGGAGUGAGAGUUCAAAGAUUCUUUGUGGCAGACACUGCGAAUGAAGCUCUCGAGGCUGCUAAGAGACUAAAUGCAAAAGAAAUUGUUUUAAAAGCCCAGAUCUUAGCUGGAGGAAGAGGAAAAGGUGUCUUCAAUAGUGGUUUGAAAGGAGGUGUUCAUUUAACUAAAGACCCUAAUGUUGUGGGACAGCUGGCUAAACAGAUGAUUGGGUACAAUCUAGCGACCAAACAAACUCCAAAAGAAGGUGUGAAAGUUAACAAGGUGAUGGUUGCUGAAGCCUUGGACAUUUCCAGAGAAACCUACCUGGCAAUUCUGAUGGACCGGUCCUGCAAUGGCCCAGUGUUGGUGGGCAGCCCACAGGGGGGCGUCGACAUUGAAGAGGUGGCUGCUUCAAAUCCAGAGCUCAUUUUUAAGGAGCAAAUUGAUAUUUUUGAAGGAAUAAAGGACAGCCAAGCUCAGCGGAUGGCAGAAAAUCUAGGCUUUGUUGGGCCUUUGAAAAGCCAGGCUGCAGAUCAAAUUACGAAGCUAUAUAAUCUCUUCCUGAAAGUUGAUGCUACUCAGGUGGAAGUGAAUCCCUUUGGUGAAACUCCAGAAGGACAAGUUGUCUCUUUUGAUGCCAAGAUAAACUUUGAUGACAACGCAGAAUUCCGACAAAAAGACAUAUUUGCUAUGGACGACAAAUCAGAGAAUGAACCCAUUGAAAACGAAGCUGCCAAAUAUGAUCUAAAAUACAUAGGACUAGAUGGGAACAUUGCCUGCUUUGUGAAUGGUGCUGGGCUCGCCAUGGCUACUUGUGAUAUCAUUUUCCUUAAUGGUGGGAAGCCAGCCAACUUCUUGGAUCUUGGAGGUGGUGUAAAGGAAGCUCAAGUAUAUCAAGCAUUCAAAUUGCUCACAGCUGAUCCUAAGCAGCAAAAUUGGAAAGCAAGAAAUACUUGGGCAUCAGAAUACAGGAACACAGAAGCAUGUCCUUGAAGCUUGGAAAUAGGACCAACAUGGAGCUGGAACUCUUGACUAAUCUUGGGAGUCUCUGAUUAUAGAGAGACUGCCAGAGGGAGUGGAAAGAAUAUGGACUUUGCAGUAAGACUGACUUAGUUCAAAUCUUGCCUCCAUUGCUUACUGCUAUGUGACGUUGAACACAUUAUUUAAGCUCACUGAGUUAGUUUGUUCACCAGGGAAAGUUGUAAUACGUAAUUUCUAGCACCUAGGAAAAUUAACACUCAAUAAAUCUUAAUCCUCCAUACAAUUUUGCUUAUUCUAGCAAGGAAUAAAUUAUAGAAUAUAAGUAAAGUAAAGAAUUUAGGAAGAAGAGAAUAAAGUAAGGAAAGAUUAGAGUCUAAUUAGACCUAUUU